CACAACAUUCAGCUACAUUUCACAGAAUUAAGCCCGUUUAUGCGGAGACUCACUGCCAUAUGACAGUUUGCAAAAUGUCAUGUGGUGAAUGAUAGUAAUCGGAUUAUUAAAAUAAACCAUGAAGUCUGAAUUUUAAACUAAACUCAGUGUCCAAGAUUGAUGUUGACAGAUCAGAGCAAAUGAGUGCACAAAGACUGCAGCAGCUCAAAGGACACAUUCUGUCUGAACACGAGGUAACAUCAAUGGCUGGUCCGGUGAGUCCCCUAUCGACACAUGUGCUCAACAUUGCCCUGGGGGUUCCUGGUUCGAAUGUGUCCCUAGGUCUUUAUCGACAAGAUACUUCAUCUGAAUUUUGGAGUUUAAUUACAACUGGGACCACAAAUGCCGAUGGCCGUUGCCCAGGACUAAUUACAAAAGAAAUGUUCACAUCUGGUGUGUACAAAUUACGAUUUGAGACCCAGCAGUACUGGGAGAGUAUUGGAGAGACACCAUUUUACCCUUACGUUGAGAUUGUCUUCACUGUAAGAGACCCUGGACAGAAGUACCACAUCCCACUGCUGAUGAGUCGCUUCUCAUACAGUACUUACAGAGGAAGCUAGAGACAGUCUCCAUUGGUCCAACUGUUUGUUGAUAGGCAUUUUGCUACACAGUAAACUACACGUGUGCCACUCUAAAUUAGGAAUACACUAGAAAAAUGUCAUGUAGUCUUUUCUGACGCCUGCAUAAUACCCAGCUGCAUGGUCCGAUUUGUUCACUAAUAAAAUGACUGUGCAAUGAG